CUCGGGUGGGAGGGGUGGGUUCUGGAACGGUGCGGCGGCGGCGGCGGCCGCGACCCUCGCUCUCGGGGCAAUUCCCGGGCCCGGCCUGCACGGGGGAGCCUUCGCCGCCUCCUAGGGCGGCACUCACCCCGGCCGCAAAUGGUGGGUCCGGAGGAUGGCGGAGCCUGCUCGGGAAGAAACCCCAAGUUGCUCCCUAUGCCGGCGCCCGAGCCGGUGGGCCAGGACGGGAAGAUGAUCCGGGCCACCGGUGGGUUUGGCCGAGGCGCUGGCGCCGUGGAGCCGCCGGAGCUGGAAGAGGACGACGAGGAGGAGGACGACGAGGACGACGACUAUGAGGUGGAGGAGGAGGAGGAGGAGACGCCGCCUCAGCAGCUCCUUCGGCAUUACCUCGCGGCGGCCGGGGGGCAGCUGGAGCCGGGACUGUGCUCCUGUCCGUUCCCGGGCGGCCAGAAGACCCCCGGCUCGCCGCCCUCCGCAGCCCCGCGCUCCGCUGCCAGCUCGCCGGGGUCGGGCACCGGCGAGCGUCGCGACGGGGAAUCGGCGGAUGCCGGCGCGCCGCGGCAAGGCAUGACCAACGGGGACUCGGGCUUCCUGCCGGGCCGAGACUGUCGCGACCUGGAGGAGGCUCGCGGGCUGGCGGGCGACCGGGAGCUGCAGCCCCGCCACCGCCGCCUCCUGCCCGGGCCUGGCGAGGUGGGCGAGGUGGGCGCGGAGCGCGCGGGCAGCGCGGCCAGUGACUGGGCCGCCCCGCUCGAGGACCCUCUGCGGAGCUGCUGCCUGGCGUCGGCCGACGACGCGGACAGCGCGGGCAGCGGCUCGGCGGGCAGCCCGGCCAGCAGCAGCGAGGACUUGGAGCGGCCGGCUGCCGCCGCCGCGGACUCCGGGGAGGGCGCGCCGCCCGCCGCCUCGGCCCCGAGGACUACAGGGGGCGGGGGCGCCGAGCCGCGUCUGGCCCUGGCCGAGGUGCGCUGGAACUCUCGGAACACGUUCGAGGUGAGCCGCCGGCGGAGCUCCGGCGACCACCCGGUGCCCCUCGGGGCCGAGCCGCCCGCGUCCUCGCCCACCGCCGAGCCGGCGGGGACCUCGUCGCGCGCUCGACGGAGCGGUGGCCUCGCGGACUUCUUCGCCAGAAACCUCUUCCCCAAAAGGACAAAGGAACUUAAAUCAGUUGUCCAUAGUGCUCCUGGUUGGAAAUUAUUUGGUAAAGUCCCUCCCAGAGAAAAUCUUCAGAAAACUUCUAAAAUCAUCCAGCAGGAAUAUGAAGCAAGAACAGGGAGGAUCUGUAAGCCACCACCUCAGUCCUCACGACGAAAGAAUUUUGAAUUUGAACCACUUUCUACCACUGCCCUGAUUCUUGAAGACCGACCAUCAAACCUUCCUGCCAAAUCUGUGGAAGAAGCUUUACGUCAUCGACAGGAAUAUGAUGAAAUGGUGGCUGAGGCUAAAAAGCGAGAAAUUAAAGAAGCACAUAAAAGGAAAAAAAUAAUGAAAGAACGAUUUAAACAGGAAGAAAAUAUUGCAAGUGCAAUGGUAAUUUGGAUCAAUGAAAUACUACCCAAUUGGGAAGUAAUGCAUAGUACAAGAAGAGUUCGAGAAUUGUGGUGGCAGGGAUUGCCCCCUAGUGUUCGUGGGAAAGUUUGGAGUCUGGCUGUAGGAAAUGAACUAAAUAUCACUCCUGAACUUUAUGAAAUCUUCCUCUCCAGAGCAAAAGAACGAUGGAAAAGCUUCAGUGAAACAAGUUCUGAGACUGAUACAGAAGGUGUGUCUGUUGCUGAUCGAGAGGCCAGUCUGGAAUUGAUUAAAUUGGAUAUAUCUCGUACAUUUCCAUCUCUCUACAUUUUUCAGAAGGGUGGUCCGUAUCAUGAUGUCUUACAUAGUAUCUUAGGGGCAUAUACAUGUUACAGACCUGAUGUUGGUUAUGUGCAAGGGAUGUCCUUCAUUGCAGCAGUACUCAUUCUAAAUUUAGAAGAGGCAGAUGCCUUCAUUGCAUUUGCAAAUCUCCUUAAUAAGCCAUGCCAGUUGGCCUUUUUUCGUGUGGAUCACAGCAUGAUGUUGAAAUACUUUGCAACAUUUGAAAUUUUUUUUGAAGAAAACCUCUCCAAACUAUUUCUUCAUUUCAAAUCUUAUAGUCUUACACCAGAUAUAUACCUAAUAGAUUGGAUCUUUACACUCUAUAGCAAAUCACUACCACUGGAUCUGGCCUGUCGUGUUUGGGAUGUAUUUUGCAGAGAUGGGGAGGAAUUUUUAUUUAGGACUGGAUUAGGAAUCCUUCGGUUAUAUGAAGAUAUUCUCCUACAGAUGGACUUUAUUCAUAUAGCACAGUUUUUAACUAAAUUGCCAGAAGAUAUCACAUCAGAAAAGUUAUUCAACUGUAUUGCAGCCAUUCAGAUGCAGAAUAGCACCAAAAAAUGGACUCAGGUCUUUGCAUCUGUAAUGAAGGAUAUUAAAGAAGGAGAUAAGAAUAAUAGUCCUGCUCUGAAAAGCUAAUCUUCACUUGAAAUAGAAAAAAAAAAAUAAAUACAAUUUUUUAUUUCCUAUGUAAAAAAGCAUGGAAGAAAAUGUUGGAGAAAUCUAAAAGAAUCAAGACAUGGAAAACUGAUGAUUUUUGAAUUCCAUGACCAAAGUAAAUGAAAUGAAAACCUAUUGACAGUAUUAAGAAAAAUAGUAUUUUGUGGUGAAGCCAAUUUACCAAGUAAAAGGUUUAAAUGGCUAGUUAAUACUCCAUAAUUUGGAGUGAACUAUUUAAUGCAAUAAUUUUUUAAACAGCUUUGGAGACACUUAAAAUUUUUAUAACAUCUCUUCUUUUUUUAGUUACCACAAAGGCACUUUGGAUGUCAGAACAGAAUAGUUAAAUUACCACUUUACUUCUGAAACAUUUAUUUGAAAUAAACACUAUAAUAUAGAUAGUAUCUCCAUUUCCAACCUUUUGAAGGUUUAUAGAAUAAUAAUAGUGACUUUGAUGGUAAAUUAAGUCACUGAAGUUGUUUAUCCUCAUAUCACAGAUUGGGAAUAUUUGUGUUUUUUUGGGAACUGGAAAUACUGGUGGAGAUUUUUUAGCAUUUGGUUAGGUUUUUUUUUUCUACAGUAUCAUGUCUGUUUGUUUUUGAAGGAAAAUUUUUUUUUUUUCCAUAAUCCUAUCACUCAGAGAAAUUUAACAUUUCUGUUUCUGGUCUAAGAAAUUAUUCAUCUAGUAAUUUAAGAAAACUAACUGGUAGAAGGGAAGUUCUUUGCACUUUAGUGAACUGAAGACUUGAUUUUUGGAAGUAAACCCAUAAAUACAAAUGAGGUUUUUUCACUGGUAAGAGUAAUAAGUAAUACAUUCUAAGAAUUUAAAUAGCAUGCUACUUGGCAAGACUAAAAUUUUUUGUUCAAAUCCCGUCAUUGUCUGUCCUUAGAAAAAAAUUGUUAAUUACAGUUUGAAAUUUGAAAUCUUAGUAUGUAGUCAAGUCCAUGACUUGUAAAACACUGUGUAUAAUUUUUUAAUCAAUGGAAAUAAAGUAAAAGAUUAAAACUAAUUUUUUUUCUAAUGAGCCUAACUUUGAUGAUAUAGUGGAUAAAGAAAAGUAUUGGUAAAUUGACAUUGAUAUUACGUUUAAUUUUUGAACCUUAAAUCACUUAAGUAUUAUGAGUGAUAUCUGUUUAACAUAUUAUUUGGUUAAGAAUUAGAUUUAUAGUGUGCUUUUAUGUUGCAGUUUGGUUUGAAACACUUAAGCACACUGUAUUUGUUAGUGGUAUAUAGUCUUCAUACUAACAAGCCUGAUAUCCUUGUUAGUGUAGUGACUGCCUUCAGGAAUAUGGGAGCAGAUGAUGCCCAUAUAUUUUUUACCCCAGAGGUCUUUUUAGCCUAGGGACUACUGGUUCCACAAGUAAUUCCUUUUGGAGGAGUUUGCUCUGUGGAAACUGGUAGUAUAUUGAAAUACUGAGGGAGUGUCCAGGGUCUUUAUAGGUUUUAGAACAUGUUUUUAACUCUGGUACGUGCUUCCUUGGUACCAGGUGGUCCUGAUUUAGAGAUAAUAUAAUCCUUGGCAGUAAUCUCAUUGAGGUUAUGUUAUCUGCCUAAAGUUAAUCUUCCUUUUGUUUAUCUAUUUCUUGGGUUGACCUAAAUUACUAUACUUCUUUUUCUCAAUUUUAUUAUUGUACAGUUUCUUUACCUUUCAAGUAUAUAUGUGUAUAUAAAAUGUAAAUACAGAAAUUCACUAAAAAACCACUAUUAACAAUUAUUGUGUAAAUAAAACUUGUAAGCAGAGCAGUUACUUGAAAUGUGUUUUCAUUACUUUGUGGAUAUCUGGUUUACUUACUUACAUUUGGUGAAAAAAAGGAAUAAACUUUCUGACAUGUA